AGGAGCUACAAAGGCCUAGAGGAGUCUCUCUAGGAAUUUACAGUGCAACUCUAUGGUCAACAUAGAACAUAGAAAUCAUGCUGGAGCCUAUCUAGGAAUCUGUAGGUCCUCCAGCGCAACUUAUGUCAAAAUUGUGCCGGAGGGCCUAGAGAUUCCUAGAGCGGCCAUAUUAAUGAUUAAUCACGAUGCUUGCUUUAAUUUUUUCUACAUUCUUCGCGGAUGCAGUCUUCGACAAGCAUUACAUCAACCGCAACUUCGACCGGACGGGUCAGAUGUCGGUGGUCAUCACACCCGGCGUCGGCGUCUUCGAAGUCGACCGCCUCCUCAUGAUCUUGACCAAACAGCGCAUGAUCGACAAUGGGAUCGGCGUUGAUCUGGUCUGCAUGGGCGAACAACCGCUCCACGCCGUUCCGCUAUUUAAGUUACACAAUCGCGCCGGUCCUGGUGAUUCGCGCUUAGGAGACGACUACAACAUUCCUCAUUGGAUAAACCACAGGUAUGCGCCCGAAUUUGCGCAAAUUGGGCGCAGUCUCUCUUACCGUAGAUGCCAUAUUGUCGCAAUUAAAAGUUAUAAAUAUAUAAUGUAUUAAUUAUAUUAUAUUUAUAACUUUUAAUUUAAUAUUUACUAUGUUUAAUAUAAUUAAUAAAAUAAUAAUGGUAAUAAU